AACGAGUGUUGCCAGUGAGCGACAAAGGCAACGCCAGAUAAGCCGCGCUACGUGAGUCGCGGCCGCAGGAACCUUGAGCGUGCAUAAACCGAGAAUCGACAACCGAGCUCCUUCCCGCCAUAUAAUAAUAAAGCGCUCAGUCCGCCCCAAGCCUUUGCCGAAACAACACGCUUGUUACAAUCCUUGAUCCUAAAUCGACAAACGAACAAUGAAUCCCGAACGAUCACUUGAUUAAAUCAUAGUGUCCGAUAUUGAAGUGAAAAAAACGUAUAGAAUAGUGUUUGUGAUGUAUUGUGCUAACAACAGUGCCAUAUUAGGAGUUAAUUGAAUCAAAUUUAAAAGGCUGGGCGAGAGAUGAAGGGGUGGUUCGAUGCUUUCCGCGAGGAAGGCGGACCGACCCUGUACGCGUACCACAACCGCACGGCGGUAGCAGCUGAUGUGCCCGCGCUGGCUCUCCUCAUCGCCGCGCUCACGCUCUACCUCGCCUUCCUCGCUGUCUUCCCCGGCAUCAGAAAAGAGAGAUUUUCCACAUUCACGAUAGUCACGCUCAGCCUAUUUGUAGGCACCGUUAUUCUCGUAUGCAAGCACGGCUCGUCAUGGCACGUGGCAGGAGCUCGCGUGGCUCGAGCCGCCUACCGGGCCUUCUCCGCGGAGCGUCUCGACUGCUGGCUCGCAAUACACGUUGGUCUGGGACACGUUAAUGUAACCCUCAAUGCGUUAUCAUGGGGUAACACCACAACUGGUGAUCCUGGCGUGGAUUACAACGAACAAUUCCGGUGGGAGGAAGCUGGUGCCAUUCAGGAGUGGUACCGCAAGGGGCUGGUGCGUGGUCUGCCUUACCCCCUGCUCUCAGUAGCGGAGCACUUCGCAGCAGAGCACGAUGGCUUCGAGUGGGGCGCCAAGUAUCGUGCCGCCGGGUACACAACAUCAACCUUACUUUGGACGGCGUUAGCGCUAUGGCUGCUGAUGAAUCUACUAUUGGUAGUGGUGCCGAGGUACGGGGCGUACGCUAUGACGUCAGUGGGCGUAACACUGUGCGCCGCCGCUGGAGGCUACUGGGCCUGUUUGCCACAUGUUCCUCUAGUCGUUAGAAUCGAUGGCUCCAUGCUGUUCUUCUCACUCGGAUGGUGUUUCUAUCUAGUACUUAUUGCAGGCUGCUUAUGUUUGGUCGUGGGUCUGGUAAUAGCGACCCUCGACUUAGUGUGGCCGCACCGGUUCUCCACUGUGCUGGAGGUGGACUACGACACGCCGUACGACCGACACGUGCUCAUCGUCGACAGCCGGCAGCGUGCGCGGCCGCAAGCGCAGGCCUCGCUGCCCAGUAGGAUACUAAGGAGGUUAUCAUCGAAAACUCGCGACUCUGAGCGUCAGGUAUCAAUGUCGAUAGUAAACGAGAGCGGCGAGCGUGGACGCGGGCUGGGGCGUGAUAACCCCGCUUACCAGCACGAACGCAAGCCCAACUCACCCUGGCGGUACCCACUCUUCAGGAGGCAGAUUGACAGGGUUGAUUCCGCGUCGAGUCUGGGUUCAAGUAUUAACGGUAAUAGUUCUGGUAUCAAGAUGUCACCACUGCCGGGCAGCCCGCCUACUCCUUCCCUUCCAAUAUCUCCUCACAGGUAUCGACCGCAACUGCCGGCUGCCGAAAGGGUCAAAGACAUGUGGUGAUAAACAAUGAAAAAUUUAGUAUUAAAUUGACGUUGAAACAAGUUUUCCUGAUCGACCUCGUGAUUAUAUUAAGUAUUGUAAAUAUGUAAAUUAUUAGUUGAUAUUUUAAAUUAUAAUUCGCGUAUCCAGUGUCAUAAGCGACGGUGAUUGUUUAAACUAGCUACUUUUAUGUAAAUUUUAUAAAUAAAUAGUGAAUUUAUUAUAGACAUCGACAAAGACAGUGAAUGCUUUGUGCCAUGCAUUAUACAGAAUAAUAUUGAAUUGCGUCAUCGCAAAAUGACACAUUCUGUACUUAUAGUUCUUCUAUUUACUUAUCUGUAAUCGACUUUAUUGACCGUCUCCAACUAGGAGGAAAAUAAUCAUACUUUACACAUUCAUAUUUAGACUUAAGGACAUUAUGCCUAAAUCAAUACAAUAGUUGUUUGCAUUUAGAGCAGUUUUUUAUGAAAGAUGGAAUAAAUUUUAUGAUCAAUAACGCAAUCAAGCUGCUCAUAUAGAAUUUUUGGCGUAUACUAUUUUAAACAUAUUAUUUUACUAAAAAACAUUUUUCCAAUACCUAUACAGUAAGAUAGUGCUCAAUGAUAAUUUUAAAAACAAAAAAUAAGACAAUACACUAUCUGAGAAAUUUUAGGUGAAUUUAAACUGAAGUCAAAUAGGAUACUAAUUAGAUAAGUUAUUUAUUAUUUUGACACAAACGUAUGUACAAUUACACAAAUCCUAAUUAGGAAUAACUAAUAAAAUUAUUUUGGUAAAA